ACUGCCUUGCAUCAUGUCAUACCCAGUCUGUUUAUGUCAUUCGUACACACCUCUCUUUGCCUAAAAUAGGCCUACGUACGUGUACAUACAGGUACACUUAUAUUUAAAACUUUAUUCCAAACGAAUUUCGCAUUAACAGCUGAAGAUAACAAGGUAAACCACGCAGAUUUUUUUCAGACGUUAAUGCAGGAUCUCUCCACGUAAAAUUUAAAUGCAGUGAGUGCGACAUCAGGAACACCUGACCCACAAAAAGAAUGCCGCCCACCUCGAGAGGCGAAGACAAGCAGCGCGGAAGGGGGCGCAAGCUCUUCCUAGAGGGCAGCACCUUCCAGCGCCACUAUGAUGCAAUAGGGAAGGAUCGCGUCAGGUAUGCUGCCAUUCUCACCAUGCUGCAAAGAACCGGCACUGAAAUAUCUCAAGUCUCCAAAGUCCAUGCCCUGUCGGCGGCCUGGGCCCACCACGAUCAAGACCUUGCCAACUGCCUGCUGACCAACACCAAGGCGUUCGGUUUGGUGGAGGUGCUGAAGGCCGCCAGCCUGCUAGACACGGGCCGCCGGGUCCGCACUUGGGAAAGGAGGCUGAAACGUCUGCAGAUGUACCCCAAGAAGCUGGCCCGGAAGCAGAAUCGGGCCGUGGGGAAGAUCAAGGCCCAGAUCAACAGCCUAAUGGCCAACAAGCCUAAGGCUGGAACACUGAGUGGCGCAGUGAUCCGUCACAUAAAGCGCUGGAUGGCCAGUGUUGCUACGCGAGACCUGGAGUUCUUUGCUUUGCACAUGCCCAAGGAGCCCUGGCAGAAGCUGGCUGACCUCGUGCACUUCAAUCCUGCAAAGGACUUUCCUGACCUACCCUGGUUCCUACCUUUCUGCUACGGCAAGCGGCCACCCAUGGACUCCCUGGUGUCCAGCUGCAGCAAUGUCAGUGAGACCAGGGUGAACGGCCUCCUGCUGCUGUACGACAUCCCCUACUCCCACAUCAAGCACCUAAAGCAAGCACUGAAUGAGGAGUCCAAGGAGCUCAUCAGCCAGAGGGAGAAGUUGGACACACUGCUGUGGUACUAUGAAGAUCUCGCCUGCCCUGCUGUAGAUAAGGUGAUCGAGGAACGACUCAAGGCAGGGGAAGAGGUCACUCUCCCGUACGGCAAACUCAUGGAGCGUCUUCUCAUCAUCAAAGUCAUGAGAGAAGAAAAGAUGGCAUCCCAGCAGCAGAGCAUGGCACAGUUCUAUCACCUUCUUGUCCCUAUUGCAGAGCGAAGACUGUCAGAGAUCAACAUCAGCAUUGAUGCCCCCGUUGUCGUCCUUGGAGACCGCUCGCAGUCCAUGAGUGUUGCUGUGCAGACCAGCACCAUCAUUGCCAGCCUCCUGUGUGCCAUCUCCAAGGCCGAGCUCUGCUUCUUCAAUCGUUCCAACCACCAGCCGCCGAAUGUGCCAAGGACCAUUGAGGAGGUUCUGCAUCUUGCAACUACGAUGACUGCUGUGGGAGGCACAGCCCCUGCUGCGAGUCUCUAUCCCUACUACGAGGCCAAGAAAGUGGUGAAGACUUUCAUCGUUGUCACCGACGAAGAGGAGAAUGAUCCCAUCAUCAUCAACUACAUGCCAAAAUACUUUGCCGACCUGUUUGAGAAGUACCACAAGGAGGUCUACCCUGCCAAGCUGGUCUUCGUCUCCUUCCUGAAGCAGCAGCACUCCACCGGCAAGAUGGUUCAGAAGCUGCAGGCCAAAGGCUUCAGGCCGCUGCAGUUCCGCCUGGACGAGCAGCGACCCGACCUGGUCAAGCUGAACAACUUGCUGGGACUGCUGGCCAUGGAGAGCCAGGACUUCAGCGGCCGUGUGAAGGAGGUGGAGAGCGAAAUCCGAGGGGAGGGUCUGAAGAAAGUCCUGGAGCGGCUGGUGAUUUGAGAUGGAGCCACAACUGUGGGUGGUUGUGCACCAGAUUCUAAUGGGAGACAGUUACUGUAAGAGUAAGACGCUUGGUGGCGGCAAAUUUAACAUUCCUCUUUUAAUUAAGGUUGGUACCCUGCCAUAUUAAUAAUAUUGAUAGGAAAUACCCAUUAGCCACGUGAAAAAUAAUGUAUAAUGCCAUGUCUUGGAAUGCUUUUUUAUUAUGCGAAACAGCGUGCAAAUGUCUAUUAGUUCUGAAACAGUGAGAACAGUCAGCUUUGUGCAAAGAUGAGAUCAAUGUAAUUGUGCAAAAAAUGACAAGAAAAUUUAGGAACUUUUUGUGUGAUUAACACGGGAAAAUCUGCAGUGAGAAUCAGUUUAUCUUCGCCCAAAAUUUGCUGGUAGUUUCGACGGUACCCGAAAAUCAACAAAAUAGCCUUGAAAGUUUCGACCAGAUGUGGGAAUUUUUGGAAGCAUGAGGAAUUUUCUGUCACUUGACCAUGAUGACCUUUGCCAUUGUUCGCUUGCCAUAGUUUGCGAUUGCGACAUCACACAGCUUAAUCUUAUCAACAGAAAAGGACAGUGAUGUUUGCUGCCACCAAGUGUCCCCAAAUUCUCCUAUACUGUCAAUUACAAGUAGACUUCUGGUGUUAGUGUAUUCUCUGAGCUCCAGCUUGUAAAUGUUAGAUGACCGUAGAUCGGAACUGUGACAAGAAAUGUUCUUUUUUAUUCAACACUUUUUUAUUGUAUUAAUUUUGCAAUACAUUUAUUUUAGUCUAUUUCAUAUCUCCAAGAGGUCUUUUUACCAUGGUAAUAUAUACCAGUAUAAAAACUCUGAAUGUUGCAUAUUGCUUAAUUAUUGAUUGCUCUAAUGGGUACCUGCUGGAGAACUUGUUUUGUCAGUCAGAAAAGAGAUGACUGCCCUUCUCUUUUUCAAACUAAAAUUAAAAUGUAUAUUUAAAAUCCUUUGGGGCUAAACAUGGCUGUUUGCCUUAAUAAUUCCCACAUUAGUCAUAUUCAUCGGUUUGAAAUGAACCACACACAAUAUACGAAGGUAUCAACGUUAAACGUCAUGCUAAAUACCCUGUUGAAUAAACCUUAUUGAUCUAACCAUUUCACGGGCGAUGAAAAGCCAUUUAUUCAUUUAUACAUUGCUACAAAAUGCACACACAGUGCCCGAUUUGGUUGUAUACAUUUCGAGUUCGCCAUUUUUCAUGUAACCGUGGACUCAGUGUGAAACGUCAGCUACAUAGUUUAAUUAAGCAAUAUAGGCUUGCAGCUGUAGCUGUUUCGUACGGACCAACCAGGCGUUCCAAUGAGCCAGUUCGGUAUUUCAAAAAGGGCAAGGUCAUUCGGGAAACAACGUGCCAGCAUUAGUCGGCGUAUGAUAGGAUAGACCGACUGUCAUCAGGCGCGCGUGCUGCUAUUCCCGAAUAACCUCGGACGCGCUUCAGUUUUGACAUGCGCUGUUGGAAUACUGAACAGUCUUUAUAUGUUCUUGGCUGUGGCUUGAAAUUACGCGCUGUGGUUGUGGCUGAAGCCGCCUCCCAUAGAGUUGUGAGUAAUUGCAAGCUGCAGACAAGUGGGACAUGCCUUAUAUGCUGCUGCCGGCCAUGAGGUGAUGGGGGACACGGCCGACUGGCCUGAUUUUUUUUUUUUUAUGUGAGGGCAGUGGCGUAGCUAUAGGAUAUUACUGGGGGGAGGGGGAGGCAC